CUCUUACACUACAUUUUCCCAACAUAAAAUGGUGCCACCUAGUCCAGCAAAAUACAGUGGCAGCUCCACGUUCUCUCAUGUGCGUCGUUUUUUGAUUGUUUAAUUACGGUGGUUUUCCGCUCAUCUACUUCACCCAACUAUUUCCUCUCUUUCUGACUCUGUUGCCUGCAUAAAUUGAAUGCCAAUUGGUCUGCUAACUGUCCUAUCUUAAUUCCUAUAUAUCGAACCAUCUGUUAGCAUUAAACACGACCAAUUUGGCCAUUUCCUCUUACUCUCUCAAACCCGUCCUGCCCUCCUAAAUCAACCCCCAGCUAACCUUGUCAAUCUCAAACCUACUCUUUCUCCCUCUCCUUACAAAAACCCCAUUUGGCCAUUUCUCAGAUCCAAACCAAACCCAAAAAAAAAAAACACACACACACACACACACACACUCUGUUCCAAUCAUGCAUACCUGUGUUCUAGACAAGCUCAAGACUCAACCUUUCUGGGUUCCAGUGCUUGUCACUUUAGGUUCUCUCUCGGCUCUAAAACUUUCUCUCACUUUCCUCAACUGGGUCUACGUCAAUUUUCUCAGACCACCAAAAAAUCUCAAAAAGCACUACGGCUCAUGGGCACUCGUAACUGGACCCACUGAUGGUAUUGGCAAAGGUUUCGCCUUUCAAUUGGCUCGGGCGGGGCUUAAUCUUGUCUUGGUGGGUCGGAAUCCAGAGAAGCUCACAGAUGUCUCGGAUUCUAUUCGAGCCAAGUACGGCAAAACCCAGAUCAAGAAUGUUGUUGUGGACUUUUCUGGUGAUUUAUCUGAGGGGAUUAAGAGGAUUAGUGAAGCUAUUGAAGGUGUAGAUGUUGGGGUUUUGGUCAACAACGUUGGGGUAUCGUACCCUUAUGCCAGGUUUUUCCAUGAAGUGGAUGAGGAGCUUUUGAAGAAUUUGAUUCAAAUCAAUGUUGUUGGUACUACUAAGGUUACUCAGGCUGUUUUGCCUGGGAUGCUCAAGAGGAAGAGAGGUGCAAUUGUCAACAUUGGCUCUGGAGCUGCCAUUGUGAUUCCUUCUGAUCCUCUUUAUGCUGUUUAUGCAGCCACUAAAGCGUAUAUUGAUCAAUUCUCGAGGUGUCUGUAUGUUGAAUACAAGAAAAGUGGAAUCGAUGUUCAGUGUCAGGUUCCGCUAUAUGUGGCAACAAAGAUGGCAUCAAUCAAGAGGUCCUCCUUCCUUGUUCCAUCAACAGAUGGAUAUGCCCGAGCAGCUUUGCGUCACAUAGGCUACGAGCCUCGUUGCACACCUUACUGGCCACACACCCUCCUCUGGGCUUUGGCCUACUCCUUGCCGGAGUUUGUUGUUGAUGCAUGGCGGCUGAGGUUUUGCCUUGGUAUUCGAAAGAGGGGACAACUCAAGGACUCAAGGAAGAAGGAAUAAGCCAGCGUCUUGCUCUAACUUUUAUCAGGGAUGGCUUCUUAGUCAAGUACAUUGGUGGAUUAAAAUUAAGAAUGCUAAUUGUAUGGUUGGAGUUCACCUUGCAAUUUCAUUAGCAUUAUGAGAGUUUGGUUUCAUGAUAGACUGUUCUUCAUUUUUCCUCGUCUCUUAAAGUUUGAUUUUAUGAAUGUUAUAAAUGUGGUCCCCAAAGGGUGGUUUUAGUUUCCUUCAAUUUAUUUCUUCAUGUCAACCCUUGGUUCUA